GCAGAAUUCGUCUUUCCACCCUUUUGUCGUGGGGGGUGAAAUCACCGUCGCCAUUAUCUACACUCCCGACUAUCGGAGGCAUUACGCGCCUGAAAAAUCCUGAAAAAAUAUUAGGUUUAGGCGCGGAGUUCGCGCCAUUUAUAUUCUUGGCAGCUACUUCUUUAAUUGAAGAAUGCCGGGAGAAGAAAAGAAAGACAAAGAUUCGUCGGCAGACGACACAGAAGUCGCUGAACCCGUGGAAGGGUUGUCUGAUGAAGAGGAUGAUCAGGAGGCUGAACUGGAACCAGAACCAGAAGAAGAAGCAGAUGUUGAGCUGGAGCCAGAACAGGAGCUAGACCUGGAAGCAGAAGGAGGGGCAGAAGAGGAGGAAGGAGACGAGGAAGAAGAGGAAGAACCAGUUUUAGUAGCAGAGCCUGAACCUGAUCAACAAGAAGAGGAAUCAGUUGAUUUAGAUACAUCAUCAGAAAUAAUAGUAGAACUGCCUCCUCCCCUGGAACCAAAACCCAAGAAGAAGAAGGGUAAAAAAGAUGGAAAGAAAAAGGAUGGGAAAGGAAAGAAGCGAAAGAGAGAGAAGCAAAUUGUAGAUGAUGCAGAUGACCUUAUGAGUGAGUUUGUAGAGGAAGUCAAACCAAAGAAAAAGAAGAGGGAGAAAAAAGACAAGGAUGAGAAGUCAAAGGAGCCGAAAGAGCAGAAAACUCCAUCAGAGCUGUUUGCAGAGUAUGGAUUGGAAGAAGUACAAUUUGAGUACAACGAGGAAGAUUUUCAAACCCUUCUUACUUACAAAUUGUAUUGUGCACAUAUACGUCCAAUGAUUGCUGAGCAGCAUCCAAAACUUCCACCGACAAAGAUGAUGACAGUGUUAGGUGCAUUAUGGAGAGAGUUCCAGUGCAUAGCUAACGCUAGUCGGGCUGAGGAAAGUAUAAGUGAGAAGCCAAAGAAAGAGAGUAUGUGCAAAGUCAAAAUAGGAACUGGUGCUCAGAGGAAGAAGCCAAAAAAGAAACCAGCACCCAAGAAAAUAGCUCCUCUAAAGAUUAGAGUUGGUGGAUUUAAAAGAAAAAGGAGAGGUUCAACUAGUGAGAGUGAUAGCAAUUAUAGCGAUAAUAAAGAAGAAUCAGAGGAUGACGAAAGCUUGAAAUCAACCUCUGUAUUAUCAGAUAGUUCUACAAGUCGGUUGUCAGCACCAAGAAAAGCUAAAAGUAAAGGACACAAGAAGAAGAAAAAGAAGCACCGUGAUGAUGCCACUGGAUCAGAUUCAAAUGGUUAUGAGACUGACCAUCAGGACUACUGUGAAGUUUGCCAACAAGGUGGAGAAAUCAUUCUGUGUGACACGUGUCCUAGAGCUUACCAUUUAAUUUGCUUAGAUCCAGAAUUAGACCAAGCACCUGAAGGACAUUGGAGCUGCCCCCAUUGUCAUGAUGGUGAGGUGGUGGAGGAAGAGGAAGAAGAUGAUCAAGAUGAUGAACACAUGGAGUUCUGUCGUGUUUGUAAAGAUGGUGGAGAACUGUUAUGCUGUGAUCAGUGCCCAUCAGCUUAUCAUAUGCAUUGUUUGAAUCCACCAUUGAGGGUCAUCCCAGAUGGUGAAUGGGUCUGCCCAAGAUGCUCUUGUGAGGCCCCCAAGGGCAGGGUUCAGAAGAUUUUGACAUGGAGAUGGACAACUCCUGUUAACACAGAUGCACUGGAUCCAGAAUGUGGAAGUCCAACUAAAAAAGAAAAUAAUGAUGCUAAACCAACCAGAGAAUUCUUCUGUAAAUUUCAUGCGAUGUCGUAUUGGCAUUGUGAUUGGGUAUCGGAAUUACAGUUGGAGGUAUUCCAUCCUGCCAUGUUUCGUAACUAUGCCCGUAAGAAUGACAUGGAUGAACCUCCACCACUGGAUGAUGGCGAGAGUUACGGAGGCUCUAGGAAUAAAGUAGAUGACUCUAAUUUAGAACUGAGAUAUUACCGUUAUGGUAUUCGACCAGAAUGGUUGCAGAUUCAUCGAAUUCUUAACCAAAGAACACGUCAUGGCGUGACAUCAUACCUUGUGAAGUGGAAAGAGUUGCCAUAUGACUCGGCUACUUGGGAGUACGAAGAUGAAAAUAUUACUGACUUUGAAAAGAAUAUAUGCGAGUAUAGUGCCCAUAGAUAUAAUGUUGAGGAACUCAAGGGACAUAAAAGAAACAAGAAAAGAGAUAAAAAGAAGUCAAAAGAAGCCAGACUGGAACACAAAAAACAUCGCCCACCUCCACCAAUCAGUCCUUCUGUGGAUCCAAGAAAGAAGUAUGAAAAACAACCUGAUUUUAUUAACGCUACUGGUGGAACUUUACACGAAUAUCAGUUGGAAGGUUUGAAUUGGUUACGGUUUUCAUGGGCACACAAGACUGAUACCAUCCUGGCUGAUGAGAUGGGUCUUGGUAAAACUAUACAAACAAUAGCCUUCAUUUAUUCAUUGUACAAAGAGGGUCAUUCUAAAGGUCCUUUCUUGAUCAGUGCUCCCUUGUCAACUAUUAUCAACUGGGAAAGAGAGUUUGAAUUCUGGGCUCCUGACCUGUAUGUUGUAACAUACUGUGGAGAUAAGGACAGCAGAUCUGUAAUACGAGAACAUGAAUUCUCUUUUGAUGAAGAUGCAGUUCGAGGUGGUAAAAAAGCAUUUAAAAUGAAGAAAGAAAAUUCUAUUAAAUUCCAUGUGUUGCUAACAUCAUAUGAAUUAGUCAGUAUUGACCAAGCAACACUUGCAUCUAUCGACUGGGCAGCAUUGGUAGUAGAUGAAGCACAUCGAUUGAAGAAUAAUCAGUCAAAGUUCUUUAAAACUCUUUCUUCGUACAAGAUUGGACAUAAGUUGCUGUUAACAGGAACACCUCUGCAGAACAAUUUAGAGGAGUUGUUCCAUUUACUAAACUUUCUUAGCAGCGAGAGAUUUGCUAACCUACAAAUGUUCUUGGAGGAAUUUGAAGACAUUUCUAAAGAAGAACAGAUUAAGAAACUUCAUGAUUUACUGGGAGCACACAUGUUGCGACGUCUCAAAGCUGAUNNNNGACAGGGCAUACCAUCUAAAAGUGAGUUUAUUGUCAGAGUGGAUCUGAGUCCAAUGCAGAAGAAAUACUACAAGUUUAUUCUGACUCGUAAUUUUGAAGCCCUGAAUGCAAAGGGAGGUAAUCAAGUAUCACUGUUGAACAUUAUGAUGGAUCUAAAGAAAUGCUGUAAUCAUCCGUAUCUGUUUCCAACUGCUGCCAUGGAGGCACCUCGCUUACCAAAUGGAGCUUAUGAAGGCCACUCAUUGGUCAAGUCCUGUGGUAAACUCGAGUUGUUGAGCAAGAUGCUGAAAAAUCUUAAAGCCGAAGGUCACAGAGUGUUGAUCUUCUCGCAGAUGACAAGAAUGUUGGACUUAUUGGAAGAUUUCUUAGAAUAUUCAGGAUAUCGAUAUGAACGUAUUGAUGGUAGCGUCACUGGCAAUCUUCGACAAGAUGCAAUAGACAGAUUCAAUGCACCUGGUGCUCCUCAGUUUGUGUUUUUACUGUCUACAAGGGCAGGUGGAUUAGGUAUUAACUUAGCUACUGCAGACACUGUAGUGAUCUACGAUUCAGAUUGGAAUCCUCAUAACGACAUCCAGGCCUUCAGUCGAGCUCAUCGUAUUGGGCAGUCAAAUAAAGUAAUGAUCUAUAGGUUUGUUACCAGGUCAUCUGUAGAGGAAAGAAUUACACAGGUUGCUAAGCGAAAGAUGAUGUUGACUCAUUUAGUUGUCAGGCCUGGAUUGGGAUCUGCUGCUAAAGGCGCACUCAGUAAAAAAGAACUGGAUAACAUUUUAAAGUUUGGCACAGAAGAAUUAUUUAAAAUGGAAGAUGACAAAGAGCAAGAUGGAGAAAGUGGUGAAGGUGUCAUACACUGGGAUAGUAAAUCUGUUGCUGAAUUGUUAGACCGAAGUAAAGAAGGUAUUGAAGAGAAAACAUUAUUUGUUGCAAACGAGUACUUGGACUCUUUCAAAGUUGCCAGCUAUGUCAUCAAAGAGCAAGAAGAAGAGUCGCAUUAUGAACAGCAACAAGAGGACCUUGCUAGGACACUUGGUAAAGGAAAACGUGUCCGCAAACAAGUCAACUAUAAUGACGCACACCAGGAUAACGAUGCUUGGCAAGAUAACCUGAGUGAUUAUCAGAGUGACUUUUCAGCUCAUACUGAUGAAGAGGAGGAUGAUGAUGAUUUUGAUGACAAACCAGAAACAAGAAGAGGUAGAAGACCAGCAUCUGAGAAAGAUAGAGAUAGAUUACCCCCUUUAUUGGCUAGGGUUGGUGGAAAUAUUGAGGUACUUGGUUUCAAUGCUCGUCAACGCAAGGCUUUCCUGAAUGCUAUAAUGCGAUGGGGUAUGCCCCCACAAGAUCCUUACAACUCACAGUGGUUAGUGAGAGAUCUAAGAGGGAAACCUGAAAAACAUUUCAAAGCAUAUGUGUCACUAUUUAUGCGUCAUUUGUGUGAACCUGGCGCCGAUGGUGCUGAAACAUUUGCGGAUGGUGUGCCACGCGAGGGUCUCUCCAGACAACAUGUUCUAACCCGUAUUGGUGUUAUGAGUCUCAUCAGGAAGAAGGUGCAGGAAUUUGAACCCAUCAAUGGAAAGUGGAGUAUUCCGGAACUGGAGUCCAUGGUCAAAGCUGUAAUGAAGCCGGAUUCUAGGAAAACAUCUAGAAAUUCAUCCCCAUUAACAAUUGCGAAGGCUAGAGAUUCUCCUUUAGCUAUACUUGAAAAACAAAUCAAAGCUGAAGAGACCAAAAGUGUGGACAUUACUGAGGUCAUGAAGCCUGUGAAAGAUGUUGUUGAUGCUGAUGUGAAGAAAGUAACGGAGGAGUCUGUUGAGAAGAAAGAGGUUGAAGCAACCAAAAACGAUGAAGAAGGGGAAAAGACAGAUGACAAAAAAGAUGAAAUUAAAGAUGAUGUUGAAGAGAAGAAAGUGGAAGAAAAAGAGGAGAAAAUAGAUGAGUCUGAGAAGAUUAGUGAGAAAGAGGAAAAAGUUGAAAGUGUUGAGAAAAUGGAGGUUGGCAUUGAAGAGGUUAAAGAUGAUAAGGAGCAGAAAGAGAAUGAAAUCAUUAAAGAGAAAGGGGAGUCCAUUGAAACAGAUGCCGAAACGAAGAAAAAGGACAAUGCAGAGGAGAAAGAAAAGGAGGGCGAGGAGAAAACUGUUGAAAAAGAAGAAAAAGAUGAAGAGGUUGAGAAAGAAAAAGACAUGGAAGGAAAAGAGGAUGUUAAAAAAGAUGAACAAAAGGAUGGAGAAGUGAAAGAGGAUAAACCAAAAGACGAGAAAGUGAAGGAAGAGGUUAAGGAUGAGAAAGAGAAAGAAAAGAGUUUGAAACAGGAGAAGCUAGAGAGAAGAGAAGCCAGGAAAGAAAAGAAAAGUGGAAAACUGAAGUUUAUGUUCAACAUAGCAGAUGGUGGUUUUACAGAGUUGCACACACUUUGGCAAAAUGAAGAAAGAGCAGCAAAUCUUAACCAAGAUAGAGCCAAUGAAAUAUGGCAUAGAAAGCAUGAUUACUGGUUAUUAGCUGGUAUUGUAACUCAUGGCUAUGGCCGCUGGCAAGAUAUACAGAACCACCCAAAGUAUGCUAUAGUUAAUGAACCAUUCAAAAUGGAUAUGGGUAAAGGGAAUUACCUUGAAAUUAAAAAUAAGUUCCUGGCCAGGCGUUUUAAGCUCCUAGAACAAGCACUUGUGAUUGAAGAACAGCUUCGAAGAGCAGCUUACCUCAACAUGACGCAAGAUCCUAAUCAUCCUGCGAUGGCACUCAAUGCUAGGUUUGCUGAAGUUGAAUGCUUAGCGGAAAGCCAUCAACAUUUAUCCAAAGAAUCACUGGCUGGUAAUAAACCUGCGAAUGCAGUCUUACAAAAAGUUUUAAAUCAGUUGGAAGAAUUAUUGAGUGAUAUGAAAUCAGAUGUUGCUAGAUUACCUGCCACGCUAUCGCGUAUUCCACCUGUUGCUGCCCGGCUACAGAUGUCAGAACGUAGUAUACUUAGCAGACUAGCUGCUAACAGAGAGGGACAAGCAGCUCAGCAGGCAGGACAGGCUCAAGCACAAGCACAGGCGCAGGCAUUCUAUGCUGCUUCUCAGAAUCCAUAUGCAGGUUACAACAGUGCUAGUAAUUUUGGAGGUAGUUUUGCUACCGGGUUUUCAAGUUAUAGACCUACUGCCCAAUUCACUGCUGCUCAGUACGGUGCUGGAUUACAAGCAAAUCCGUACCAACAAGGUGUAGUUCAACAGUAUGUGCAGGGUAGCAUACCAGUGCCAACCUCAGGUGCAAGACCAGGACAACAGCAUUUAACAGCUAACAGAACAGCGUCUGCGACAACGACAACACCAGUGACACAAACACAAACCCAGCCUUCUUCAUCUAGUAAUUAUUAUAGUACAAUGUUAAGUAAUGCCUCAAGUGCAAUCUCUAGUACAGUCAUUCCUACUCAGCAAUCAAGUAAAGCAUCAUCUAGUUCAUCACAGGGUUCAAAAACAGAGAGUACAUCUCAAGAAAAGUCAGGUGCUACCAAAACAGGUGGUAUAACAACUGACGGCAAGUCUAAAUGUAAAAAAGCUGAUAUAAUUACUAUUGAAGACUAACAAUCAUUACAUUACAUAACCUUUUCUUUCUCUUUUCUUUUCUUUUGUAUUAUAGUUUAAACUUAAUAUUGUUAUUAAGUUAAUGGAAAGUUCAUCAGUUUCAUCCUCAUCAUGUUCAAGGCAGCAAUGCAGGAUAUCUGAGUCGUGGGUAUUUUAUAUUAUUAACUCAGUUAAUACAUUCUCUGUUCAAUGUGAAUACUUAAUUAUGAUCCCCAUACCUUAGUUGUGGGUGAUUCAAUUCUUUCUGUCCUUUUCAUUCCUUGUAACUAUCAUACUAAUAAAUUAACUUGAGUUGUAUUGUAAAUAUUCUUGCAUCAACUUUAGUUAAAAAUUCAAAGAUUGUCAGUCAGAUCAAUAAUUUGUAAUUCUAAAAGUGACAUACAUGCAUAAAAAAAAUGUUCAGUGUGAUCAUAGCCGAGUAAAAUGUGUAUUCAUAAAACAAGUACUGUAUUUCAUUUAUUUAUGAAAGUGACAAUGUCUAUGCUCAAAAUAAGUCAUAUGUUAACAAUCCAGUAUACAGUACUGUAGAAUACUUUAUUUUCGCUUGGAAUUUAUUUUCGCUGAAGGGAUGAUUCAGUGAAAAUAAAAUCCAGCGAAUAUACUUUUUUCCCUAUAUUUCACAUUAAAUUCAUCAAAAAUAAGUGAAAAUAAAUUCCAUACAAAACGCCUAAAAAGCCUUGUCAGCGAAAAUUAAUUCCAGCGAAAAUAAAGUAUUCCACAGUAAGUCCAGUGACUGGUUCAUGUGCGUUUCUAUCAGAGAUUCACAAAAUAAAUAUGGUAUUGAAGCUGAUCAUGUGCAUAGAAAACAUAAAAUAUGGAAUGUUUGGAUUACCAGAAUCCUGAUUCAACUGAGGUACUAUCUUUCUUGUAAAAAAAUAAACUUGGGUCUAUUUCAAAUUUAGUAAUUUCAUCUAAUGAAUGCAACAUGCUAGAUAUCAAGACCUGUUCUUGUAAAACUUUUAUCUGUAGUAUUUCAGUUAUCUAGUGUUUGUUUAUUGCAAAUUGUUAGUUAUGUACCAUUUCUACCAGUUUCUUCAUUUGAUGUUUAAUGUAGUUUUUGCCAUGUUUGUAAUAAAUUAUCACAGAAGAUGAAAUAUCUCCUAAGCAGCAACCAGCCUCACUCUUGUACAGUUUAAAGUGUCUUAACCAAUGCUUGUAUAAACUGAGCAACUUUUUAUUUCCAUAGGCUGAAAAAUAAUUGUCUGCCCCUUUGGUGUUUGAACUUGAUUGGUUUCAGUGUACAUUUUUACUCGUUUGUAUCUGUGGUAUAGCAACAAUAGAAGCACUUGCUAGUUGCAUAAACAAAACAACAAACUUGAAUGUUAUUGUUCUCUUAGAAAGAAAUACCUAAAAAUAUUACCGCAGUGUUUCUGAUGCCUGUAUGCAUUAUUUUUAAUUUACUCGAACAAUCAGAACAGAAAAAUAGAACGUACAUUCUGUGUAUUGUUGUUAAUUCUUGGUUGAGUUGGUCAAAAUGAUUCCUUCGUUAUAUGAACAAGUGAAUGAUUCAUCAAGACAAUUCUAAACUGGAAGUCAUGGAUUAUUAAUCCUAAUUUAAGAUCCGGAAAUGCAUUAUUUGAAUGCAUUAUAUUUAUUGAUAUUUAUAAAUAAUUCACUUAACCUCAAUUAUGCAUAUGAUGAUUUCACUGGGACAGAUACAUUUGUAGAAUUAAAGUUCUAAUUGAUAAUUGUAUUUAUUACUUGUGUUGUGCUAGCUGUAUAUUUCUCUUUCAAUAUAGUGUUUUACAUGUCUAUUCUUUUUAAUUUAGCUCAUAUUUAGUGUAUUUUUUAUGCUAUGGUGGGAUAGUUGCAUAUCUAUUACAGGACUGAUCAUUGGCUGUUAAGUAUAUGAACUGAUUUGUUUAAUUCUGUACAUUCUAAUUGCAUUGCUAUAAAACAUUCAGAAAUACCAACUUGCCAUUGCAGCAAAUUCUUGUGAUUAUUGUUCUAAACUGCUUCAUUGAAUAAAUAGAAUAUUUGCUGACUGAGCAUUGAACAUCCAAAUCCAAAAUGGUUGACAGACAGACAGUCAGGAAUGCAGAUCCUUACAAUUCGCAGCUAUACAAUUGCACUGAAUUUGCUAAAAUAUUCUUGCUUAAAGAAGUGCAACUAAGCUAAAAAAUAAAACAACAAAAAAACAUGCCUUUUUCAAUCUGGAAAAAACCUGUUUUCAUUUGGGUUAUUCAAUGCUUAACAUUAAAGGUUGAGUUGACAUACCUGACGAGACACACUACACCAAUACUCAAAAUAGCACACAAAAGUGAUGUGUGUGAUGUCGCAAUACAAAACUUAAUACUUUUUUCAUUAGUUGGUAUUUCCUUUUGGAUUAUCUACUGUACUAAUUUAUUUAUGAACAAAAUGAAUUCUUUUAACGUUUUCACCACCAGUUCUUUCUUUUCAUUACAAAUUCACAAAACAGUCCCGUUUAUAGUCUGCACUUUCUUUCAGAAGAUUAGGACAAAAAUACCCAAAAUUGUUAUAACCAAAAAUUUACUCAAAUUUUGACCAAAAUUAGGGUUCAUUUCCAGAAAUAUUGAAGAAUACAUGGAAAAAAAAAAUUUGGUGGUGAAAAGGUUAAAACAAACUACUGUUCAUAUAUGAACAGGCUUGUAAGGACAUUGAUAUACUAUUCAUUCAUAUCCAAACUUUUGUGAAAUGUUUUACAGGACAGACUAGAAGGAGACAACUCAGAUAUCCUGUAUUUUUAUAAUCCACUAUUUAAUAUUUUUAUCAAUCUGUUCUUCAUGUGCUUGACUGUGGAGAUGGUGAUGUGUAUAUUACAGUCAUAACAAUUGGCAGUUGUCCUGGCAACCAUAUAUGAAAAUAAGUUGCCCAUUAGGACUACCAUGAAAAUAAAAUCAUUGUAGUACAGGCACAUUUUUUGAAGAAAAAUAAGUACAGUUGUUGAAAAGCAAAAUCAUAAAAAAUGUGUUCCUAAAACUUGUGCAAGAUGAUUUUUGGCAUUCAAAUGGGUAUUGAACAAUUGUAUGCAUGUGGAUCUCAAAAAUGGUCAACCACUUUUAAUUUUGACCCUUACAUUGGCAUUGUCUAAUGCACUGUUACAUGGCAUGUUUGAAAGAUUGGGAAAUGUGGUAGAUAUCAAUGGUUAUUUACUUUAUUAAGUGUGCAUAAAAUAUCUCUCGGUCUAAGUUAUUAAAAAAAUUGAUUGUCCCAUAUGGUUUUAUUGUACUCUCAUUUUCACUAUUCCAAGCAUAGUACACUUGAAAGAAAGAUCAUAAUGAAGCAUUUAUUUUGAUGGUUUACCAAUUGUACAAGUUUCUGAUUUGGAAUUAUAACAAAGGCACAGACAAGUUAGUUUGAAAGUUGAAUUUAAGUUUCAUCACUUUUUAUUCUUCAAACAUUAAAGUUUUGGGUUUUUUUGUUUAAAAUUUGGUUUUUGAACUUUUCAGAGAUAAAUAAAAUGAAUUUUUGUAAAACCCCAUGUACUGCAUGUCUGAUAGAAAUAAUUUAUUAUCACUUAUAUAUAUAUAUAAAGUGGACAUAUUGCAAUGCAGUCUAAUUUCCUCAGUUUUAACUGAAAUGUAAUGAAUAUGUCUAAAUCCAAACUUUGUAUCUAAAUUUUUGCAACAUCAGUUCCCGUAUAUUGGCCAUACACUCUAGCAUACUGUGUGCAGCUGAAAGAUCUGUGUAAUGUCGAUUUUCCCAGUCAAGCUAGAGAUUGUAAAACUAGGUAGUGUACUAUUAUCUUUUAUAAUUUAACACCCAAUUCUGUCUAUUCGCUAUGGCUUUCUUGUAAUGAAACCCAGUUUCUGUUAGACCUCUACGUUUUCUGUUCAUUUUAUAAGUGUUUGACCGUGCUUUCCAUUCAAAAAGCACUUGCAGUAAAACUUUCUUCAUUGAAAGUAAAUUCUGAUGUUAGUGUUGUAGAUUUUUUUUUCAAAUAUUUUCUUAGAUAUUUAAUACUUUGUCAAGAUUACUUAUUUUUGUAAUUGGAGUUUGUAUGUGAAAGUUUAGGAUUAUAUUGUUGACUGUCAGCUCUGAUUCUGGCGGUUUUCUUGAGCCACACAAUCUCAUCAAUUAGAAAUUUUGAAAUAAAGGAAAUUAAAUCUUACAA